ACCCUACACCCCGAAGCAAGUGAAGAAAAAGGAAAAGAAAAAUAAGAGAUAUCUAUUAGCUUAAUUGGGGCUUAAAAGUUAAACCCACUUAGGUUUUUUUUAUACUGUUUUUAGGUUCAAGAAGUGAUUAGCCAAGACGGGUCUUCCUGUGUGGAUGCUUGGGUUGGGUGUGGAUCGGUUGCGAGCCGACAUGAAUCGUUUGCUCGCUUUGCUCUUCCACCAGGGAGUAUUGGAUGAGCAAUUCUUGCAGCUGCAGCAGCUUCAAGAUGAGAGCUCCCCAAACUUUGUCUCUGAGGUUGUUAAUAUCUAUUUCCAUGAGUCCGAGAAGCUCUUGAGGAACCUCAGAGGACUUUUGAUGGAUAAGGAGUUCUCGGACUACAAGAAAAUUGGAAUCCAUUUGAAUCAGUUUAUGGGAAGUAGCUCAAGCAUAGGUGCAAAGAGAGUCAGAAAUGUAUGCGUUGCCUUUCGCGCCGCUUCUGAACAGAACAACCGUGCCGGGUGUUUGAGAGCAUUGGAGCUGCUAGAGCAUGAGUAUUGCUACCUCAAAAACAAAUUGCACGAACUGUUCCAUAUAGAACAGCAACGAGUGUUAGCAGCUGGAGUUAGGUACCCAAUGCAACACUAAAAAGCAAGCUAUAAUGACUAUAUUUGAGUGCCACCUUUUUGUUUCAACUCCCUGUGCUAAAAACCACGCUAACCCAGAGAGAAGGAAUAGAAGUUAGAGAUGGGGUUUUGAUGUCACUUUCACCUGCUCACCUGCCUACGAUGUAGAGUUGUUCUUUGUUUUGA